CUGCCCCCCACCUGGCUGGUCGAGGCCAGACUUACGAAUAUUUACGAGUACUAAAUACUUGAUUACCCCUCCGAGAUCCAUAUUUCACUCUUAUUCACUCUCAACAUAACAACCCUACUCCAAACCAAUCCAAACACCUCCCCCAAAAAAUAAAAAUAAAUAAACCCACCAAAAUGGUCUACAAAGCCCUCCUAUAUGUAACCCGCAAAAGCGGCACCACCCCCGCCGAAUUCCGAGCCCACUACGAAACCGUGCACAUACCACUCAUCCAAAAGCUAACAGGCGCCGACUUCCCUCUCUCCCACAGACGUGUCUAUCCGGCACGCCCUGUGCCCGGCGAAGACAACAGCUUCCCGGCGACGGUGCUGAUUGGCGCACAGGAGGAUUUCACCUUCGAUGUGGUUGUGGAGGUGACGUUUAGGGAUGAGGCGGCGUGUAAGGUCUUCACUGCGCGGAGACAGGAGCCUGGGACGAAGGAAUUGGUGGAUGCUGAUGAGGAGAAGUUUUUGGAUCCGACGAAGUUCAAGGCGGUGGUGUUGGGGGAGGUUCAGGAGACGACUAGUUAAUGUAUUGCUCUGGUUUAUAUAGGAGGGAAUUUGAUGGUUAUCACAAUGGCUACAUUGGGGUAAGGGGUAUUAAGGACAGAGUUCAAUGCAUUUAAUACCGGUGCGGAAUCCGCCUUGCCCGUCGGAAGACCGAUGAUCAAGCUAGCGGUGCAAAAGUACCGGCUCCAGCUAGGAUCCAAGUUAGCGCUGUUGGCUUGUAACUUGUUUCCC